GACGCACAGGAACCGCGCAGGUGACGUGGAAUAUGGAGAAGAUAAUGAGAAAUCCCAGUCCGACCAGCAAAAGGUAUCAGUUGAAAUCUGAAGUUGUUUUUGCACUUGAUAGCUUGAAAAAGCUUGAUUAUUGAAGUUGUCAUAUGAGACAGCGUCGACACACUGCAGGAUUAAAGUAUUGUAGCAGCAAGGUAGUAUUCUUGAGAACUCCCUGAGAGUUUUCCUGCGAUCUCCUGUCAUGGCUAGUACAGAUGAUUUAAAGUUUCAAGAGUUUGAGGAGGCCACAGAUCUACUGUCCUCAAAUCCUGGAGCCUCAACCCUCAGCAUCCCUAGUGCAGCAGCUUCCUCUGGAGACAUCAAACUUGAUCUGUCAGAUGAUGAGGACAAUCAGCAAGAGAGCUCAGAGUUGCUUGGAGGUGAAAAACAAACCAGUGGUUUUUGGACGUUUGAAUACUAUCAGUCGUUCUUCAACGUAGAUACAGUGCAGGUGCUUGAUAGGAUAAAAGGCUCCAUUAUGCCUUUGCCAGGACGAAAUUUUGUCAAACACCACAUUCGAAGUAACCCCGAUUUAUAUGGUCCAUUUUGGAUCUGUGUAACUCUAGUGUUCUCAGUGGCGAUCAGUGGGAACCUCUCCACCUUUCUGAGUAAGAUGGGAAAUGCAGAGUAUCACUACAGACCUCAAUUCCACAGAGUCUCAAUCGCAGCAGUUGCCGUGUUCCUUUAUGCAUGGCUUGUACCUCUAGGAGUUUGGGGCUUUCUAACAUGGCGUCAGAGUGUCGAGAGACAGACCAGUGGUUAUACAUUUUUAGAGACCGUGUGUGUCUAUGGUUACUCUCUCUUCAUUUUUAUCCCUACUACGAUAUUAUGGACCAUUCCUUUCAACUGGCUCCAGUGGCUAUUGAUUGUCGUCGCUAUUGUGAUCUCUGGAUCAGUGUUGGUCAUCACUUUCUGGCCGACUGUUCGUGAUGACACCAAACUAACUGCUUUUGCAACCAUGGCUAUUAUAGUGUUGCUUCAUGCCCUUCUGGCUGUUGGCUGUAAGCUCUACUUCUUCCAAACGGCAACACACACAGGAUCAUCAUCGGACUCUGUACAUCAGACGACUCCAGCCUCAAAUCACACAGCACAUACCAUGGCAAAACCUCAAUGACCAACCCACUGGGAGCAUAGUCCUUGGAUUUAGGGAACAUGGAAAGAUAGAAAAUGUAUAGUAAUUCUGAUAACUGAGCAAUGAAGGAGUUCUGAUAAGUGUACUAGCACUUGACAGAGGCAUUCCCAGCAAGCAGAUCUACAGUGUUUCUAUUCUGUAAAUAACCUAGCAGACGAAAUAACCUCUUAUAGAUCACAAUAAGUAGACUUCAGCUUUGAUUUUGACUUGAGUUUGUAAGUUAUGUGUUAAGAAAAAAAAUUACUCACCUGAUAUUGGUUUUCUAAAGUGUUAUGGUCAUUUAUGUCCAUUUGUAACCUUUAAGUCUAAAAGUUUGAUUGGGUUUCUCCAACUUUUGUAAUUCCUUUUGUUUUUCAAUCAAAACUGAGUCGAUUGAAA